AUGGUUUCCAUCUUGCCCCGGAGCUCGGGAGGCUGGGGCGGGCGCCGCCCGCAGUUCUCCAGGAAAGUGGGCCAUGACACGGAUGACUCACCGUCCUCCCUCUGGCAACGCUGCGCCCCACGUACUCGCAGGCAGUACAGCGAGGCCGCCAAUGAGAGCAACCGAGUCUUCCUGUACUGCGCCUUCCUGGACUUCAGCUCCGGGGAAGGGGUCUGGUCCAACCAGGGCUGUGCGCUCACAGAAGGGAACCUCAGCUACUCCGUCUGCCGCUGCACUCACCUCACCAACUUCGCCAUCCUGAUGCAGGUGGUCCCGCUGGAGCUCACGCGCGGACACCAGGUGGCGCUCUCGUCCAUCAGUUACAUCGGCUGCUCCGUGUCCGUGCUCUGCCUGGCCGUCACGCUGGUCACCUUCGCUGUGCUCUCCUCUGUCAGCACCAUCCGGAACCAGCGCUACCACAUCCACGCCAAUCUGUCCUUCGCCGUCCUGGUGGCCCAGGUCCUGCUGCUCAUCAGCUUCCGCUUGGAGCCAGGCACGACCCCGUGCCGGGUGCUGGCCAUGCUCCUGCACUACUUCUUCCUGAGCGCCUUCGCCUGGAUGCUGCUGGAAGGGCUCCAUCUCUACAGCAUGGUGAUCAAGGUCUUCGGCUCGGAGGACAGCAAGCAUCUCUACUACUAUGGGAUGGGCUGGGGUUUUCCUCUUCUGGUCUGUGUCAUUUCAGUAUCGUCUGCCGUGGACAGUUACGGAACGAGUGACAAUUGCUGGCUGUCGCUCGGGAGUGGCGCCAUCUGGGCCUUCGUCGCCCCUGCGCUGUUCAUCAUUGUGGUCAACGUCGUCAUCCUCGUCGCCGUGACCAGGGUCAUUUCACAGAUCAGCGCCGACAACUACAAGGUCCAUGGAGAUCCCAGUGCAUUCAAGUUGACAGCAAAAGCUGUGGCCGUGCUGCUGCCCAUCUUGGGGACCUCGUGGGUCUUUGGCGUGCUUGCUGUCAACAGGCGGGCCGUGGUCUUCCAGUACAUGUUUGCCGUCCUCAACUCCUUACAGGGAUUUUUCAUCUUCCUCUUUCAUUGUCUCCUGAAUUCCGAGGUGAGGGCUGCCUUCAAGCACAAGACCAAGGUCUGGUCCCUCUCAAGCAGCUCUGCCCGCAACGCCACCGUGAAGCCCUUCAGCUCUGAAGUCAUGAACGGGACCCGGCCCGGCACGGCCUCCUCCAAGCUCAGCCCGUGGGACAGGAGCAGCCACUCCGCCCACCGCGUGGACCUGUCCGCCGUGUGAGCAGAGAGCCAUCGGCCUGCCCUCGGAUCACCCCCACCCCGCACACAAAACACAAGAGCAGUCUACCUUCACCAGUGGGACCCUGUCCUCGUGGCUGUCCGGACGUGAGGGUCUCGGCCCCUGUGACGGUGUCCUCACCUGUGACCCUCUCUGUGUGACAGAGCCCACUGCUCAGCCCACAGCCUGACACACAGCCGUGGGUGACCCUCCUGGCUUGGGUCCUCCUGUGGGCUGAGGGCCUGCCCUCCGGGCACCCUGAACACACAGCAGCCC